AUGGAUUCUGCGGAGUUUGUGACAAAGCCGAUCAAGAAUUUUGCGAAGGAUAGCAUCAGGUUGAUCAACAGGUGUCAAAAGCCGGACCGGAAAGUCGACACGCUUUUGAACCUUGAUUGGAGAGUUUUCGAAGAUUGCCAUUCAGACGGCGUUGGGGAUGACUGUCAUGGGUUUCAUCGGCUUCUUUGUGAAGCUGAUCUUCAUCCCAAUCAACAACAUCAUCGUGGGAACGUCAUAGCUUGUAUACGAUGGGGAGAUUCCAGCACAAACGCGAGGAGGGCUUCUUCCUUGCUACUUUGA